AUUGUCAUUGUUACCAUAUUUCUGUUGUGGGGCCCUCUUCAGCUCAGAGGAGUCUUUGGGAAAUGAGGAAGAGGAUGACAACCCAAGAAGAUAUUCCUCCGCAUCUGAGGACAGAGAUAGAGAGGAUGGGGACAGACCCCGCUCAGACCCCCUGAGGUCUGUGUUUGGACUGUCUCACAGCUUUAUCUUCAGUCAGGUUCACAGAGACGCCCACAGGUCCAUGAGUGAGGUCAUACUGCCGUCCAUCCAGAGGAGACUGAAGAAGAUGAGGCCUAUUAUUCUGUCUGCGGACACCAGGCUGAUCAUGGCCAUUGUGGAGAUCAUCAUCAAGCAGAUAAAUGCAAGACUAGCCCAGAUUGUGCUGAAAGGAGGUGCCUGUCAGGGAGCCGAAGCUCCUUCGACCAGCAUCAGCUCACCGAGCAGUCAGUUUGCUGAGCAGAUGCUGAGGGCAAUCACAACCACAAUGAAUGACCAUAUCAUGGGACAGAUGGCACUCACUCGGCUGUCUGGAAAGUCCCCUCUGGAGAUCGAGAGCAGGCUUGAGACAGAGCUAGGGCCACUGGCAGGUCAGGUCAUUGUUGCAACCAUCAGCUGCAUCCAGAGGGCGAAGACCGACGCUCAGACAGGACAUGAGGUUCGGGUCUCCUCACCUUGUACCUACUUCCUGUCAGCUGUGUCGGCUGAGGUGCAGAGUCUGGUGGUCCAGAGAUCAGGGACCAGGAUGUCAGCCAAACAGUCAGGCAGCAACCACCUGCUGAACCUGUCUCAGGCGAAGAUCACCAGGGCCGUCGAGCUGAAAAUGGCUGAAAUGUACGGCGGAUCCCUGUGGGAUUGGUCCCUGACAGAACAGUCUGCCAUGUCCAGUGAUUUGGUGGAUUUGGUGGUCGAUGAUACCCUGGAUGCCCUUGGAUAUCUAGAGAACCAGGCAUUAUCCGGRCCCCAGAGCGUUGGCUACCUGACAGGGAUUGAAGGCCUCGACAUUGAUGGUGUGGCAAGGGACAUGGUCCGGAAAGCUGCAGCCAAACUCAAGGCAUCCAUGUCUGAGUUUGAGCUGGAGGUGGGAUCCAGAUCCUCACAGAGCAGCAGUGGUCCCUCGAACCACUCACUUCUGUCUCGCUCCCACUCCGACCUGAGGAUGCUCUGUGUCCAGUCAGCAGUGGCAGUCAGAACUGUCCUGCAAGUGUUAAAAACAGAGCUUGACAGCAACUCAGACAAGUCCUUUGAUUCGCGCCAGAUGGCUAGAAACCUUCUAGCUAGAAACCUUCUAGCACGUCUAGCGUCGGGUGUCGAGAGCAUCGACAAUCUGGAAAUUGGUGAGAUGCUCCAGGGCCCCUCAGCAAUCAUGGAGCCGGAGGCUGUGAGAGAACACCCAGAAAUAUCUUCCACUGCCAUCUACCACUCCCUGCUCAUUGAUUGUCCUUUCCCACCAUCAGAGAGGGUUCAGGAAACAAUUAUCCUAAGCCAUCCACUCACUGCACAGGACGUGACCACACAGGGGGAAAAGCAGCAUUCUGCUGACCUUCAGACCGACAGCCUAAUGGCAAAAUACCCUGCCAAGGCACAACGGGUAGUGACUCAGGUCAUAAGAGAUGCUUCUUUGACCAUGGACAUCCUGUCAGCCCACGUCUCCUCAAAGAACAUUGCUGAGGCCUCAACUCACAUUCUUGAGUCCCUUCUAGUGGACUUAAACAAGGCAGAUGAGGUGAGUAGGGCAGAGGGGAGCAAGUUCUGGGAAAUGGUCCAGUUAUCCUCCCAGAAACUUUACAGCACAGCUGUGGACAAGCUGAAGAGUUUAUACACUAGUUGCCUCCUCACCAACGAGCAAGACCACCAGGAUACCCAUGUAACCGCUGACAAAAUCCAGGACAUGGAAGUGUCUACCAACAAUGACCUCAAAGACCCAACAGUUGCAGUCAGCCAGGAGUCAGUCAGACGCAGCGCCAAGAAGAUCCUCACAAAGGUUCUGAAUGUGAUCAAGGCCGGAGUAGCUGGUUCAGAGCACUUAUCUGUGGGCGAGCAGAUGACCGAAGAGUGCCAAGUUGCCACAGAGAUGUUGGACUCCAUUCUGAACAGACUAGAAGAUGAUGAGCCUGAUGUGGGUGAAGAGGAUCAUCUUCAUGUGAUGUCUGUCCGUGACAUCUACCAGGAUGUCUCAUCUAAAACCUCUCAGGUUUGUAUGGUGAUGAGUAGCCAGGCGAUGGACGCGUUGGCCGAUGAUGUGUCUGCCACGGCCUAUGUGCAUGAUAAUGUGUACAGUACAGAGAGUUGUCUCUCUCAGGCCACAAGUACUCACAGGUCAGGCACUAGCCAGGCCUCCAGUGACCUUGUUGUUGAGUACAUGUCUGAGCUCCAUGCCAACUGCCUUGACACCGCAUUGCCUGUGAGGUGCACUUUUACAGCUGCUGGCGAUACAGAGACUCGCCACGUCCCCUCUGCCAGAGUGAAKAAGAAGAGUCAGGGCCGGAGGUUCAGUUGCUGCCCAAAGUUGCCAACGGUCAGGAUCAAGGUGUUCAAGAGCAGAGUGGAACCAGAGAGCCACCCUGCUCAAAAGGAGCUGCCUUCGCAGCGUUUCAGCACCUCUCGAGUUGCACUGCAUGAUGAUCAUGCUGUCCCAUUCAUUCCCCAACUUGAGGACGACCUGCCACCAGCACCUGCACAGGAGUCCCGUAAACGUCCCCUGUUGGUGAGAAUGUUCCGGGCCAUUUCCAGGGCCAUCUCAAAGCCAUUCAAGGGCUGUGCUUUUUGCAAGAAGAAUUAGGAAAGGGUUAGCUAUCAACAUCUAAUAAACAUAUUAGCAGCAUUGA